AUGGCGGCGGCGGCGGUGGCGGCGCCCGAGCGGGGCGGCGGGAGCUGCGUGCUGUGCUGCGGCGACCUGGAGGCCACGGCGCUGGGCCGCUGCGACCACCCGGUGUGCUGCCGCUGCUCCACCAAGAUGCGGGUGCUGUGCGAGCAGCGCUACUGCGCCGUGUGCCGCGAGGAGCUGCGCCAGGUGGUCUUCGGGAAGAAGCUGCCCGCCUUCGCCACCAUCCCCAUCCACCAGUUGCAGCACGAGAAGAAAUACGACAUUUACUUUGCCGACGGAAAAGUGCUGGCGCUGUACCGGCAGCUGCUGCAGCACGAGUGCCCGCGGUGCCCUGAGCUGCCGCCCUUCAGCCUCUUCAGCGACCUGGAGCAGCACAUGAGGAAGCAGCACGAGCUCUUCUGCUGCAAGCUGUGCCUCCAGCACCUCAAGAUCUUCACAUACGAGCGCAAGUGGUACUCACGCAAGGACCUGGCACGGCACCGCAUGCAGGGGGACCCAGACGACACGUCGCACCGUGGGCACCCGCUCUGCAAGUUCUGCGACGAGCGUUACCUGGACAACGACGAGCUGCUCAAGCACCUGCGCCGUGACCACUACUUCUGCCACUUCUGCGACUCAGAUGGGGCCCAGGACUACUAUAGUGACUACGCAUACCUGCGUGAGCACUUCCGGGAGAAGCACUUCCUGUGCGAGGAGGGCCGCUGCGGCACAGAGCAGUUCACCCAUGCCUUCCGCACCGAGAUCGACCUCAAGGCCCACCGGACAGCCUGCCACAGCCGCAGCCGCGCCGAGGCCCGCCAGAACCGCCAGAUCGACCUGCAGUUCCACUACGCACCCCGGCACGCACGCCGUGAGGGGGUCGUCAGUGGCGAGGACUACGAGGAGGUGGACAGGUACAACCGGCAAUGCCGUGCAGGCCGGGUCAGUGGGCGCGGAGCCCAGCAGAGUCGCCGAGGCAGCUGGAGGUACAAGAGGGAAGAAGAGGAGCGAGAAGUGGCCGCCGCCACCCGGGCCUCAGUGGCAGCACAGCAGCAAGAGGAGAAGCGCCAGGGAGAGGACCGUGAGGAGGGCGGCAGGAGCAAGAAGGAAGAGGCCGCACGGGGGCCCGAGGAGCCCCGGGGACCCCGGCGCCCAUCCCGGCCUCAGGGCGAAGGCCCAGGCCCCAAGGAAGCCUCUACGGAUGGUUCUGGAAGUCAGGAGGCUCUCCCAGCAGCAGACCCAGCCACAGGGGCUGUGCCUCCCAGCGCCCUCCCGCCACCCAGCGCGAAGCUCAAGUAUGAAGACUUCCCCAGCCUGUCCGCCUCCUGCCCGGCAGCCCCUGGCCCUGCGGGCUUGGUGCGGGCCUACCCCAUUCCCAGCAGGGGCCGCAGCGCCUUCCAGGAGGACGACUUCCCCGCCCUGGUGCCCUCGGCGAGCAAGCCCAGCGCUGCCUCCGCCAGCAUCGUCUCUGCCUGGAACAGCGGCGGCAGGAGCAAGAAGGUGGCGCAGACCAGCGCAGGGCCUCAGGCUGCCGGGGGGGGCGGCCAGCCCCCCAGGAAGGCUGGGAAGGGGGGCGGCAAGGGCAGCCGGAAGGGGGGCCCGGCCCCCACCGAGGAGGAGGACAGCCACGGCGGCCGCAGCGCCCAGGAGCUGCGCAGCGUGCCCACCACGCUCGCCGUCUCCUCCCUGCUGGCACUGGCCUCCUCCCAGACCCUUGCCAAGGUCGGCAGGAAGAAGAAGGUAGGGGCCGAGAAGCCCAGCACCGUCUCACCCGCACCACCGCCCCCCAGCCGCACCCCAAGGGUCCCCGACAAGGACGAGCCGGCUUCUGCUGGCCAAGCUGAGGGGCCCGCAGCCAUUAUCGUCAACGGACAUGUGGAGGGGCCAGCCCUGGCACGGAGCGCCCCCAAGGAGCCCCCUGGGCUCCCACGGCCCCUGGGGCCCAUCUCCUGCCCCGCCCCCCAGGAAGAGUUCCCAGCGCUUGGCGGCCCCUGUGCGCCCCGGAUGCCACCCCCCCCAGGCUUCAGCACCGUGACACUCCUGAAGGGCUCGCCACCCCCGCCCCCGCCAGGCUUGGCGCCCCUGGUCAGCAAGCCGCCCCCCGGCUUCUCCGGCCUCCUGCCCAGCCCCCCCAGCACCACCACGAAAGUAGCCAAGCUGAGCCCCGCACCCCAGGCCUACCUGGUCCCCGAGAACUUCCGGGAGAGGAACCUAGAGCUCAUCCAGUCCAUCAAGGACUUCUUGCAGAGCGACGAGGCCUGCUUCAGCAAGUUCAAGAGCCACUCGGGGCAGUUCAGACAGGGCACGAUCUCCGCAGCCCAGUACUACAAGAGCUGCCGGGAUCUUCUUGGGGAGAACUUCCAGAAGAUCUUCCACGAGCUGCUGGUGCUGCUGCCAGACACGGGCAAGCAGCAGGAGCUGCUGUCCGCUCACGUGGACUUCCAUGGCCGCGAGCAGCCCGGGCAGCGCAGGAAGAGUGCCUGGCAGCAGAGCGCCCAGCCGGCAGGCCUGGACUGCCGCGUGUGCCCCACCUGCCAGCAGGUGCUGGCGCACAGCGAUGUCGGCAGCCACCAGGCGCUGCACAUGGCCCGGGACGAGGACUUCCCCUCUCUGCAGGCCAUCACCAGGGUCAUCACGUAGCCCCCGGCUGCCUGCGAGCCUCCCUCCUCUCGGGCUGCCGGGCAGCCAGGCAGGGCCUGGGGAGGCCACCAGCUCAGGGCCCAGGGCUGACCAGACCAGCAGGGAGUCGCCAGGAAGGCCCACCCUGCUGUCAGCAAGCACCACGAGGAGCCCCCCGGGGCCUCCCAGAGUGGGCCGUGCCCCCUGCCCCGCGGCAGGCUGGUCUCAGUUGGCGUUCUCUCAGUUUGGGAAGGUGCCUGGGGCAGGAGAGGCCCAGGUGCCAGAAGCUGUUCCUGCUGUUCAAGCUGGAGCUGGGCCCCCCACAUCUGAGGCUGUAGCAUUUGCACCCCCAGAGCUGAAAGCUUUGGGUCCAUGGGGCUGGAGUCAGAUGUCAAGGGUGUUGUGUAAACAGUUGGCCGUUUUGUGAUUUAAGAAUAUUCAGGAUUAAAAGCUGACACGAAAUUGUGCUACUUGAAACUGAAUCUUUUUAUGAGACAAGCUGAAUUUGCUAUCUCAAAUUGCCUCUGACCUUUUAUAAACAGUUUAUCUUCAAAUAAAUUUAUUUUGCAAUACUGCA